AUGCGAGUUGAAGACAUGAUCCCCAUCAAUGAUUCUAUGCCUGAAGAACAGCUUAUGGCAAUCAUGAUCUUGAAGGAGAGUUUUGAUGAGAAAGCCAGGCUGGAAGAAGUUAAGGCUCUGCGUGAUGAGAAUUUGCCAUGGAUGCUAGGCAUUACUAUUGGGAUGAGCCCUUACUUGUACAAGAGAGGACCAGACAGCAUUUACAGGAGAUGCAUUGCUGAAGAGGAUGUGCAAGGAGUUCUAGAGCAUUGCCAUGGGUCAGCUUAUGGAGGUCACUUUGCUACAUUCAAAACAGCAACUAAGGUUUUGCAAUCUGGUUUAUGGUGGCCUACUUUGUUUAAGGAUGCAGCAGACUACAUUGCCAAGUGUGAUCCAUGCCAAAGGAAAGGAGGGAUCACCAAGAGGGACGAGAUGCCACUAAACCCAAUUCUAGAGGUUGAGAUCUUUGAUGUAUGGGGAAUAGACUUCAUGGGACCUUUCAAACCUUCUUCAAACGGGCACAACUACAUUUUGGUUGCUGUAGACUAUGUAUCCAAAUGGAUUGAAGCCAUUCCCUGCCCAACCUGUGAUGCCAAGGUGGUUGUCAAGCUUUUCAGAACCAUCAUCUUUCCAAGUGGGCAAGUUGAAGUCUCCAACAGACAGAUCAAGGCCAUAUUGGAGAAGACUGUGAGCUUCACUAGGAAAGACUGGGCAGCAAGGCUUGAUGAGGCACUUUGGGCUUAUAGAACAGCCUACAAAACCCCCAUUGGAAGGUCUCCUUUCAAUUUGCUGUAUGGGAAGGACUGCCACUUACCUGUGGAGGUCGAAUAUAAGGCUUUAUGGGCAGUAAAGAUGCUGAACUUUGAUAUAAAGGCAGCACAAGAAAGGAGGGUAAUGAACUUGUUUGAGUUGGAGGAAAUAAGAAUGAAUGCCUAUGAGAACUCUAGGAUUUACAAGAUGAGAACCAAGGCAGCCCACGACAAACUGAUUCGCCUUAAGGACUUCAAGGUUGGGGACAGUGUGCUCUUGUAUAACUCCAAGCUAAGGUUGUUUCCCGGGAAGCUGAGGUCAAAGUGGGCGGGACCAUUCAAGAUUCACGAAGUUCUACCCUAUGGGUCCCUCACUUUGCUCAAUCAAGAGGGGAAGGAAUUCACAGUGAAUGGACAUAGAUGCAAGCCAUAUCUAGGAAUGACCCCCACAGAGGAGAUCAUCACUCCUCUAGAAGAUCCAACCCCGGCCUAA